UUUAGCCGUGAUUGGCCCAAUGCAAGUGACAUCACAGGGAGUCAUUGUGACCUCAGCUAGAGACCAGACCAUAUAAGGAGCUGCCUGGGGCUGGGUUUUGUCCUUGUAUCCCAGAGGAGGAGUUUGUUGGUGAAUAAGGAUUUGGACUCAAUUAUUCCUCGUAUUCUUAGAUAUCCCAAAGUGGGUGAUCCUGAAAAAAAAGGCCCUGCCUGCAUUGGGUUUCUGUCUUGUAUCUCGGAGUAGCUGUUGCUGGGCUACAGAAGAAGUGUCACCGAAUAUUCUGUGACAGACUAGGAAUCUCCAAUCUACAGGACUUUGCUAGACAUCGUGUGUCCCUGAAAUUGCCCAAAUACAGAGAACUUGAGUUAACCAUCAUGGUCAGCCACCGGGAAGAGGACAUCCUUAAGAAGAAUUAUAAAUUUUUAACAUCUCUGGGGUGUGGUGCAUUUGGGGAGGUGGUACUUGCCCAGCACCUUCCAACGAAAACCAAGGUGGCUAUUAAGGUGCUUGAGAAAGAGUACAAUGAUGAGGAGUACAUCAGGUCUGAAGUUGCGAUCCAUAAGUCCCUGCAACACAGCAACAUCAUCCAGUUAUUCCACGCUAUCAACACGCUGCAGACCACCUAUCUCAUCAUGGAGUACCAUAAAGGAAAAGACUUGGUGAUGUUGAUCAGGGAGGUGGGCUGUCUAACAGAGGAGGAGGCUAGGCCAAUAAUCAAUCAGUUGGCGUCUGCUGUGCACUUCCUGCACCAGAGACGGAUCGCGCACCGCGACAUCAAGCUAGAGAACAUACUUCUGGGGGAAGGCGGCAAAGUCAAACUUUGCGAUUUCGGGUUGGCCACUCAGCUUGCAGAGGGCCAGAUGCUGGAGGAGCUGUGGGGCACCUUGCCUUAUUUGGCCCCUGAGAUCUUGGCCGGAACACCAUAUGACGCUAUGGCAGGGGAUAUGUGGAGCUUAGGGAUUGUCUUCUACGUCCUGGUCACCGGACAAUUGCCCUAUGUAGCAUCGACCCCCGAAGCUAUGUACCAUCUGAUCACCACCACCCCGUGCCGCAUUCCAUACCAUCUUUCUAAGGCCUGUUAUCUCACCUUGGCCAGACUGCUCACAGGUUACAUUUGGUUCAGGUUAACUUCAUCUCGGCUUGUGGAACGACCUUGGCUGGGCCAUAUUCAGGAACACGUAACACCUCCUGCCAAGGAAAUCCUCCCCAAGGUUGUGGAGACCAUGUGUAACAUCGGGUACACCUGUGAGCAGGUUAUAUCAUCGCUAAAAGACCCACAGUCAAACCUAACAGCAACGAUUAACAUCCUAAAAUUCAAAGUGAGCUCUGGGGAUAGCAGCCUGCAAACGAUCAUCCCUGCAGUCGCUAUUAGUGUCCCUGUGGCCAUGAAGAGGAGCCUCAGCGAACCGGCUCUGCUGUCCAGAGGCAGAAGAAAAGCAGGGCUCCACACACACACCUGCCCGGAGGAGCUGCACUAUUCAGACAACACAGCCCCAGAAGGAGAUGCAUUGGCCACCGAAACCAUCAACUCUGCUACUGGGGACACUACAGUCAACCCUAUGUCACUGGAUAGCCUGGCUGACGAAUCCUCCUCCCCUGAGCCACCUCCGAAUGAGAAAUCCAUGGGGCUGGUGAACAUGGCCUUCAGCGAAGAACAAUCCACAGAGCCAGAGGUGCCCAGUGAACAGCCCCAGGUUGUACCCACAGCCUCUGGAACCAGGCCACUCCGGGGCUGGAAGCUAAUGAAAAAGAGAAUUUCCCGGGCACUGAGAGCACUGUGCUGCUGCUGUCUGCCCGCCCCACGUGGGCAAACGGAAGUGGCCUAAGAGAAUCCAGGCCCUGGUCAGGUGUGCCUGCUGCAAGAGGGAGCCAGGACAGAAGCUCAGAUGGCUGCGGCCCUGCAACCAAGGGCAACAGGCCCUUGCGUCCAUACCCCAGCUACAGGUUCUGAGCUGCCAGUCCCUUUCUGCUUUAGCUCACUGCUGCCCCGGCACUGCUUUCCAGAUCCAGGGCUGGACAGAAGGCCCAUCUGCCCACUGAGCCUCCACCUCACCAGCUUUGGUUUGCAUUUAGGCCCGUUACCCACAACAUCUAACACACUUCCCUCUGCAACCAGCCAUGACUUAGAUGCCCACCUCAUGCUGAUCAUCAUCUUGGUCACUUCCUCCUCUCCAAAUUAAUUUGAGACUGUCUGUUGGGCAGACCUGCAACAAUGCAUGUCCUUGAAUCGGAUUGACAGGGACAAUGGAUACAGAGUUAGAGCGUAUGCUUCAAUCUGAACUUCACUGUUUCAGUAGUUGUGAUUUUUGUGUUAUGUUUUUUUUCAAAAAAAUUUGCUUACUUGUUAUUUGUUAGUUUUUGUAUAUCUUUAAGAUAAAUGUUUUCCUUAGGAAGUUCAAUUUAAAUAGAAAAAGUAGUUAAUUAAUAUUGUUAAUGCUUCAUGUAAAUAUCUGGACACUCAUUAGUAACUAUGAAAGCCUAAUGUGGACAAUAAAUAUUAAUAUGAGCCAAAAAAGAGAGGAGCUUCUGGUCCUAGCUUGUAGGAGACACUGUCAGCCAGCAUUCCUAAGCCUCAGCUGUCCUGUCAAAACCAGCCUACCCAAGCCUCAUCCAUCCUACCAAAACCAGCCCACAUGAGAAUGCAUGGCAGGAGCUUCUUCCCUGAGCCAAUCGAAGGCCUGCUGCUAUGUCCAGAGACUGCUGACUAAUGGACACGUGACCAGAGAUGUUGGUGAAAGAACAGCAACACAGAAGAAUUGGCCACCUGAGCCAAUAGGACCUUGGGAUGGGAUAUGAGAGGCCUGCCCAUCCCGUCAAUAAAGGAGUUGGCUUUUCGUGGUCACCAGA